GUGAAUGGAAGCUUCUUCUCUCACCCAGCUGUUAGUUUGAUAGUAGAAACAACGCAACACAACACAAACACAGACACAGAAGAAACUGAAAUCGAUCGAGAGCUCACGAACCCUAGAAAAUCCCCAAAUCAACUCUUACAAUUUGGAUUCCGAUUCGAAAGUCGAAUCUGGACUCUGAUCGAAUCGAGAACGAGCAACAAUGGUGAAGAAGAGAGUACCGGACUGGCUCAACAGCUCCCUCUGGUCCUCAAAUCCACCUCCCGACGACGAUAGCCUCCAACGCUACGCCUCGAAUUCCGCGACCACCGCCGCCAUAACCGUGACCUCGACGUCGGAGCCCGCGAAGGUCGAGCCGCCGGUCCCCGUGGCUCCCCCCUCCGCCGCCGCGGAAAGAGCGCCUCCGGCGAAGCGCGAAACCGAAGAUUCGCUCUCCGUCGAGGAGGAAAAUGGUGCGUCCGGUGCGCCUUCUGCUGAGGACAUCUCUCGUCAUGCUCAGCUUCUGGCCGAGUUAUCGAAGAAGGUGAUAAACAUGCGUGAGUUGAGGAGAAUUGCUUCGCAGGGGAUACCGGAUGGGGCCGGGAUUCGUUCCACGGUGUGGAAGCUCUUACUGGGUUAUUUACCACCCGAUCGUAGUCUUUGGCCGACUGAGUUGGCUAAGAAAAGAUCCCAGUACAAGCAUUUCAAAGACGACCUCUUGAUGAAUCCUUCAGAAGUUGCAAGGAGGCUGGACAAAUCCACUAGUUUCGACAAUGACGACUCAAACUGUGAAGGACGUUGUUUGCUUUCAAGAUCUGAAAUAAGUCAUGGGGAGCAUCCUCUGAGCCUUGGAAAGACCAGCAUUUGGAAUCAGUUCUUUCAGGACACAGAAAUCAUAGAGCAGAUUGACCGAGAUGUGAAGCGCACUCACCCGGACAUGCACUUUUUCUCUGGGGACUCUCAAUUUGCUAAAUCUAAUCAGGAAGCUUUAAAGAACAUAUUAAUGGUAUUUGCGAAGUUAAAUCCAGGGAUAAGAUAUGUUCAAGGGAUGAAUGAGAUUUUGGCACCUUUAUUCUAUGUAUUCAAAAAUGAUCCUGACGAGGAAAAUAUGGCUUGUGCUGAAGCGGACACAUUCUUUUGUUUUGUCGAAUUAUUGAGUGGAUUCCGUGACAAUUUCUGUCAGCAACUUGACAAUAGUGUUGUUGGAAUUCGCUCCACAAUUACAAAGUUAUCUCAGCUUCUGAAGGAACAUGAUGAAGAACUAUGGCGUCAUCUUGAGGUCACAACCAAAGUCAAUCCUCAAUUUUAUGCAUUUCGGUGGAUCACCCUCCUCUUGACCCAGGAAUUCAAUUUUGCAGACAGCCUCCACAUCUGGGACACCCUUUUAAGUGACCCUGAAGGUCCUCAGGAAACCCUUCUUCGAGUAUGUUGUGCAAUGUUGAUUCUCAUUCGGAGGCGACUAUUAGCAGGCGAUUUCACCUCUAAUCUCAAACUGUUACAGAACUACCCACCAACGAAUAUCAGUCAUCUUCUCUAUGUUGCCAACAAGCUGCGAAUACAAGCCCCUGCCUGACCUUAAUGCAGUUAGACUAUUUUUUUUUUCUUUUCUCAUAUUCUUAACUUUGUACGAUUGUAAAGUAGUCCGUGUAAAUGUUGUUCAAGGGUAAACGGUAAACACUUUCUUCCCCCCUCAAAUUAUUUGUUCCCCUGGGGCUUUGGAUUUUUCAACUCCCCCGCUUCCCCCUUCUCCACCCCCACCCCAACCCCCCCUUUCCUCUCUCUCUCUCUGUUUUGUA